AUGGCUGAGAGCUCCUCGCCGCCCUCCUCGUCUGCCGCAGCCGCAGCCACAGCCCCGGCCCCUGAGCCCGGAGUCACGGAGCAGCCGGGGCCCCAGAGCCCCCCUCCCUCCCCUCCAGGCCCGGAGGGGCCUCUGGAUGGAGCUGACCUGGACCUCCCUCACCCGGACCUGGCACCCGUGGCCUUCUUCUGCCUGCGACAGACCACCAGCCCCCGGAACUGGUGCAUCAAGAUGGUGUGUAACCCGUGGUUUGAAUGUGUCAGCAUGCUGGUGAUCCUGCUGAACUGCGUGACACUUGGCAUGUACCAGCCCUGCGACGACAUGGACUGCCUGUCGGACCGCUGCAAGAUCCUGCAGGUCUUUGAUGACUUCAUCUUCGUCUUCUUUGCUAUGGAGAUGGUGCUCAAGAUGGUGGCCCUGGGCAUUUUUGGCAAGAAGUGCUACCUUGGGGACACCUGGAACCGACUGGAUUUCUUCAUUGUCAUGGCGGGGAUGGUUGAGUACUCCCUGGACCUCCAGAACAUCAACCUUUCGGCCAUCCGCACCGUGCGCGUCCUCAGGCCCCUCAAAGCCAUCAACCGUGUGCCCAGUAUGCGGAUCCUGGUGAACCUGCUGCUGGACACGCUGCCCAUGCUGGGGAACGUCCUCCUGCUCUGCUUCUUUGUGUUCUUCAUCUUCGGCAUCAUUGGUGUGCAGCUCUGGGCGGGCUUACUGCGCAACCGCUGCUUCCUGGAGGAGAACUUCACCAUACAAGGGGACGUGGCCCUGCCCCCCUACUACCAGCCAGAGGAGGACGACGAGAUGCCCUUCAUCUGCUCGCUGUCGGGGGACAAUGGUAUCAUGGGUUGCCAUGAAAUCCCCCCGCUCAAGGAGCAGGGCCGUGAGUGCUGCCUGUCCAAGGACGACGCCUACGACUUCGGGGCAGGGCGCCAGGACCUCAACGCCAGCGGGCUCUGCGUGAACUGGAACCGCUACUACAACGUGUGCCGCACAGGCAGCGCCAACCCCCACAAGGGCGCCAUCAACUUCGACAACAUUGGCUACGCCUGGAUCGUCAUCUUCCAGGUGAUUACUCUGGAAGGCUGGGUGGAGAUCAUGUACUACGUGAUGGAUGCUCACUCCUUCUACAACUUCAUCUACUUUAUCCUGCUUAUCAUAGUGGGCUCCUUCUUCAUGAUCAACCUGUGCCUCGUUGUCAUAGCGACCCAGUUCUCGGAGACCAAGCAGCGGGAGCACCGGCUGAUGCUGGAGCAGCGGCAGCGCUACCUGUCGUCCAGCACGGUGGCCAGCUACGCCGAGCCCGGGGACUGCUACGAGGAGAUCUUCCAGUACGUCUGCCACAUCCUGCGCAAGGCCAAGCGCCGCGCCCUGGGCCUCUACCAGGCGCUGCAGAGCCGGCGCCAGGCCCCGGGCCCCAGAGCACCCGCCUCCGCCAAGCCGGGGCCCCACGCCAAGGAGCCCAGGCACUACAAGCUGUGCCCGAGACACAGCCCGCUGGACCCCACGCCCCACACGCUGGUGCAGCCGAUCUCUGCCAUGCUGGCUUCCGACCCCACCAGCUGCCCCCGCUGCCAGAAUGAGGCGGGCCGGCGGCCCUCGGGCCUGGGCAGCACCAACUCGAGCCAGGAGGGCUCGGGCUCCGGGGGCUCCGGUGGUGGCGAGGACGAGGUCGGUGGGGACGGGGCCCAGAGCAGCGAGGAUGGGGCCUCCUCGGGGCUGGGGAAGGAGGACGAGGAGGAGCAGGCGGAUGGGGCCGCCCGGCUGUGCGGGGCCGUGUGGCGGGAGACCCGAGCCAAGCUGCGCGGCAUCGUGGACAGCAAGUACUUCAGCCGGGGCAUCAUGAUGGCCAUCCUGGUCAACACCGUCAGCAUGGGCAUCGAGCACCACGAGCAGCCCGAGGAGCUGACCAACAUCCUGGAGAUCUGCAAUGUGGUCUUCACCAGCAUGUUCGCCCUGGAGAUGCUCCUGAAGCUGGCUGCCUUCGGGCUCUUUGACUACCUGCGCAACCCCUACAACAUCUUCGACAGCAUCAUUGUCAUCAUCAGCAUCUGGGAGAUCGUGGGGCAGGCGGACGGCGGCCUGUCGGUGCUGCGGACCUUCCGGCUGCUGCGGGUGCUGAAGCUGGUGCGCUUCAUGCCCGCGCUGCGGCGCCAGCUCGUGGUGCUCAUGAAGACCAUGGACAACGUGGCCACCUUCUGCAUGCUGCUCAUGCUCUUCAUCUUCAUCUUCAGCAUCCUCGGGAUGCACAUCUUUGGCUGCAAAUUCAGCCUGCGCACGGACACAGGCGACACGGUCCCCGACAGGAAGAACUUCGACUCCCUGCUGUGGGCCAUUGUCACCGUGUUCCAGAUCCUCACCCAGGAGGACUGGAAUGUCGUCCUCUACAACGGCAUGGCCUCCACCUCCCCCUGGGCCUCCCUCUACUUUGUGGCCCUCAUGACCUUCGGCAACUAUGUGCUCUUCAACCUGCUGGUGGCCAUCCUGGUGGAGGGCUUCCAGGCAGAGGGUGACGCCAAUCGCUCCUGCUCAGACGAGGACCAGAGCUCGUCCCACAUGGAGGAGUUCGACAAGCUCCAGGAGGGCCUGGAAGGCGGUGGAGAUCCCAAGCUCUGCCCAAUUUCCUUGACCCCCAAUGGGCAUCUAGACCCCAACCUUCCUCUGGGUGGACACCUGGGCCCUGCUGGGGCUGUGGCACCUGCCCCCCGCCUCUCGCUGCAGCCGGACCCCAUGCUGGUGGCCCUCGGUUCCCGCAAGAGCAGUGUCAUGUCCCUGGGGAGGGUGAGCUAUGACCAGCGCUCCCUGUCCAGCUCCCGGAGCUCCUACCACGGGCCAUGGGGCCGCAGCGGGGCCUGGGCCGGCCGCCGCUCCAGCUGGAACAGCCUCAAGCACAGGCCGCCGUCGGCCGAGCACGAGUCCCUGCUCUCGGGGGAGCGCGGCGGCGGGGCCCGGGCCUGCGAGGGCGCCCGGGACGAGGGGCCCCCGCGGGCCGCGCCCCUGCACGCCCCGCACGCCCACCACGCGCAUCACGGCCCCCACCCGGCGCACCGUCACCGCCACCACCGCCGCACACUGUCCCUCGACACCAGAGACUCGGUGGACCUGGCGGAGCUGGUGCCCGCCGUGGGCGCCCACCCGCGGGCGGCCUGGAGGGCGGCGGGCCCGGCCCCUGGGCACGAGGACUGCAAUGGCAGGAUGCCCAGCAUCGCCAAGGACGUCUUCACGAAGAUGGACGACCGCCGGGACCGCGGCGAGGACGAGGAGGAGAUCGACUACACUCUGUGCUUCCGCGUCCGGAAGAUGAUUGACGUCUACAAACCCGACUGGUGUGAAGUCCGCGAGGACUGGUCUGUCUACCUCUUCUCCCCACAGAACAGGUUCCGGGUCCUGUGUCAGACCAUCAUUGCCCACAAGCUCUUCGACUAUGUCGUCCUGGCCUUCAUCUUCCUCAACUGCAUCACCAUCGCCCUGGAGCGGCCCCAGAUCGAGGCUGGAAGCACUGAACGCAUCUUCCUCACGGUGUCCAACUACAUCUUCACAGCCAUCUUCGUGGGCGAGAUGACGCUGAAGGUGGUCUCGCUGGGCCUGUACUUCGGCGAGGAGGCGUACCUGCGCAGCAGCUGGAACGUGCUGGACGGCUUCCUCGUCUUCGUGUCAAUCAUCGACAUCGUGGUGUCCGUGGCCUCUGCCGGGGGAGCCAAGAUCCUGGGGGUCCUCCGGGUCUUGCGGCUCCUGCGCACCCUUCGCCCCCUGCGUGUCAUCAGCCGGGCACCUGGCCUGAAGCUGGUGGUGGAGACACUCAUCUCCUCCCUCAAGCCCAUCGGCAACAUUGUCCUCAUUUGCUGUGCCUUCUUCAUUAUCUUCGGCAUCCUGGGGGUGCAGCUCUUCAAGGGCAAGUUCUACCACUGUCUGGGCGUGGACACCCGCAACAUCACCAACCGCUCUGACUGCGUGGCCGCCAACUACCGCUGGGUCCAUCACAAGUACAACUUCGACAACCUGGGCCAGGCCCUGAUGUCCCUCUUUGUCCUGGCCUCCAAGGACGGCUGGGUGAACAUCAUGUACAAUGGACUGGAUGCUGUCGCGGUGGACCAGCAGCCCGUGCCUAACCACAACCCCUGGAUGCUGCUCUACUUCAUCUCCUUCCUGCUCAUCGUCAGCUUCUUCGUGCUCAACAUGUUUGUGGGCGUCGUGGUGGAGAACUUCCACAAGUGCCGCCAGCACCAGGAGGCCGAGGAGGCGCGGCGGCGCGAGGAGAAGCGGCUGCGGCGCCUGGAGAAGAAGCGCCGGAAGGCCCAGCGGCUGCCCUACUAUGCCACUUACUGUCCCACCCGGCUGCUCAUCCACUCCAUGUGCACCAGCCACUACCUGGACAUCUUCAUCACCUUCAUCAUUUGCCUCAAUGUGGUCACCAUGUCCCUGGAGCACUACAACCAGCCCACGUCCCUGGAGACAGCCCUCAAGUACUGCAACUACAUGUUCACCACUGUCUUUGUGCUGGAGGCUGUGCUGAAGCUGGUGGCGUUUGGUCUGAGGCGCUUCUUCAAGGACCGGUGGAACCAGCUGGACCUGGCCAUCGUGCUGCUGUCCGUCAUGGGCAUCACGCUGGAGGAGAUUGAGAUCAACGCGGCCCUGCCCAUCAACCCCACCAUCAUCCGCAUCAUGCGGGUUCUGCGCAUUGCCCGGGUGCUGAAGCUGUUGAAGAUGGCCACGGGAAUGCGGGCCCUGCUGGACACGGUGGUGCAGGCUCUGCCCCAGGUGGGCAACCUGGGCCUCCUCUUCAUGCUCCUCUUCUUCAUCUACGCCGCCCUGGGCGUGGAGCUCUUCGGGAAGCUGGUCUGCAAUGACGAGAACCCGUGCGAGGGCAUGAGCCGGCAUGCCACCUUCGAGAACUUUGGCAUGGCCUUCCUCACGCUCUUCCAGGUCUCCACCGGUGACAACUGGAACGGGAUCAUGAAGGACACGCUGCGGGACUGCACGCACGAUGAGCGCAGCUGUCUGAGCAGCCUGCAGUUCGUGUCGCCGCUGUACUUCGUCAGCUUCGUGCUCACUGCCCAGUUCGUGCUCAUCAAUGUGGUGGUGGCCGUGCUCAUGAAGCACCUGGACGACAGCAACAAGGAGGCCCAGGAGGACGCCGAGAUGGACGCCGAGCUCGAGCUGGAGAUGGCCCACGGCCUGGGGCCCAGCCCGCGGCCGCCCGCCAGCUCCCCGGGGGCGCCCGGCCGAGGGCCAGGAGGGCCAGGCGGCGGGAGCGAGGCCGAGGGCCGCCUGUGCCGGCGCUGCUACUCCCCGGCCCAGGAGAACCUGUGGCUGGACAGCGUCUCUCUAAUCAUCAAGGACUCUUUGGAGGGGGAGCUGACCAUCAUCGACAACCUGUCCGGCUCCAUCUUCCAUCACUACUCCGCGCCGGCCGGCUGCGAGAAGUGUCACCACGACAAGCAAGAGGUGCAGCUGGCUGAAACAGAGGCCUUCUCCCUGAACUCAGACAGGUCCUCAUCCAUCCUGCUGGGUGACGACCUGAGUCUCGAGGACCCCACGGCCUGCCCACCCGGCCCCAAAGACAACCAGGGGGAGCCGGACCCACCCGAGCCCAUGUGUGUGGGGGACCUGGGCGAAUGCUUCUUCCCCUUGUCCAACACGGCCGUCUCAUCGGGUCCAGAGAACUUUCUGUCCCAGAUGGAGGCAAUCCCAUUCAACCCCAUCCGGUCCUGGUUGAAACAUGAGAGCAGCCAAGUGCCCCCGAGCCCCUUCUCGGCGGAUGCCUCCAGCCCGCUCCUGCCCAUGCCCGCCGAGUUCUUCCACCCCGCUGUGUCCGCCAGCCAGAAAGGGCAGGAGAAGGGCGCGGGGGCCCGCAGCCUCCCCAAGAUCGCCCUGCAGGGCUCCUGGGCAUCCCUGCGGUCACCCAGCGUAAACUGCACCCUUCUCCGGCAGGCCACUGGCAGCGACACGUCGCUGGAGGCCAGCCGCAGCAGCUCGGCGGGCAGCCUGCAGACCACGCUGGAGGACAGCCUGACGCUGAGCGACAGUCCCCGGCGCGGCCCGCGCCCCCGGGCCGGCCCGUCGCCCGCGCGCCGCCGCAGCCCGCGGGGCCGGGGCGCGAUCCGCCUGCGCGGGCUGCGCGCGCACCAGCGCAGCCACAGCAGCGGCGGCUCCACCAGCCCGGGCUGCGCCCACCCCGACUCCGGGGACCCGUCGGACGAGGAGGGCGCGGCCGGGCGGCCGGGCGGCGAGCACUCGGAGGCGCUCAGCAGCCUCUCGCUCACCUCGCUCUUCGCGCCGCCGCCGCCGCCCGGCCUGCCGCCCGCCAGGAGGGUCAGCAGCGCCGGCAGCCUGGCCGCCGGCCCCGGCCGCGCCCGCGCCCCCGCCCGGCCCCGCGGCCUGGCCCGGAGCCCCUCGUGGGCCGCGGCCCGCAGCAAGGACCCGCCGGGCCAGGCCGAGCCCCCGGGGGAGCCGCAGCCCGGAGACGCCGCGGGCAAGAGGAAGAGAUGAGGGCCGCAGGGCCGCCCGACGCCGCCCGCCCCGUCUCACCUUCUCUUACCUCAGGAGCCGGGGCCAGACAGCAAUACCUUGUCCACAACCUGGGCACCCGCGCGGGGGCCAGCCGGCGCCAGGCCGCGGAGAGGGCGAGAGAGCAGGGUCUCAGAGGCCCCGCCGGCCCCGCCGUGGUCCUUCCCGUGCAUAGACGUAUAUAUAUGCAUAUAGAAAGAGAGACAGACAUAUAUAUUUAUUUUUUUUACUGAGAGCUUAUGACUUCCAGAAAGUGCUAAAGUUGGGAAGUGCGGGCGGGGCCCAGAUGGGGCUUUUCUUAGGACCCAGGCCAGACCCUCCUGGAUGGUCCUGCCCGGAGUGGGCAGCUGUGCUUCAUGAUGUCUCUCCUCUGUCAGGAGUAGCUCGGAGAGGGCUCUCAGGCCUUGGAGGGUCCACAGGCCCAGAAGAAGUGAAAUUCAGGGUGCAUUUUUUUCCUUUAAAGAAGGAACGCUGCUAAGAUCCUGCCCUCCCUCAUGUGUUGGGGUGUCUGUCUAGUGUUCCUGACCGUCUAGUUGUGAACAGUCUUCUGUAGACGCCCCAGGGCACACAUGCUCUCUUAGUCAACCAGUUAGAUGUCUUUCUUUAGAAUAACCAGGGUGAGUAGUGGUGUUUUC